UGAGGGAAAGGCAAUGAGAGAGGUGUCUACAGGCUCCAUUGAAACAUUUGCAAGAGGAAGAGCUGAAUGGUAGCUACACCCUGCGCCUGGAAGCGUAGAGACACUGUAACAAAGGCUGCCAAUUAUCUUUUUGUUUGCAAUAACAAAGAGGUGGGAGAGGGGGUUUUGAAAUAGAGGGAAACAGCAACAAACAUAUUUCAGGGGGACUUCUGCAUAAUUUCACCCGAAAGACUCAUCCCUUUUGCCAUCAUCAGCAUGCCAUAGGCUAUAAGUAACGUAUACGGCAAUAACGGUGCCAAAACGAGAUUUUUUUGCGACAGACGCGCGCAAUCCUAUUUUGAUUUAUUCUUAUCGUGGGGAGAAAAAAACAGACCAGCUGAAUGCCUGCGAGAAUCUGGAUACUCUGUGAAAUCAUAAGAAAAAAGCGAUCCAACAAAGAAAACUACAUUGUGAUUGAUCUUUAAGCUUGAUGUGCGCGUCUCUGCACGCACUCGAAACGAACCUGAACCACAAGCAAACUCCUCAGACUCCUCCCUCCUCCUCCCUUCGGUUUCUCUCAUCCUCUCCCUCCCCCCCGGUCCUCUAUGCUCAGUUCGGUGUGUGUAUCCUCUUAUAAAGGGCGCAAGGGUGGGAACAAGUCGUCCAACAAAGCAUGUUACAGCGCAGACAUGACUUGUCCGUCGGAAAGCGAGAAAAUCGUGAUAAACUGCGGGGGGGUGCGGCAUGAGACUUACCGGAGCACCCUAAAAACGCUGCCUGGCACCCGCUUAUCGUGGCUCACCGAGCCGGACGCGUUCAGCAACUUCGACUACGACCCCAAAUUAGACGAGUUCUUCUUCGACCGCCACCCGUCAGUGUUUUCCUUCAUCCUCAACUAUUACCGCACCGGGAAGUUGCACUGUCCCAACGAUGUGUGCGGUCCCUUGUUCGAGGAGGAGCUGGCUUUCUGGGGCAUCGAUGAGACAGAUGUGGAGGCGUGUUGCUGGAUGAAUUACCGGCAGCACCGGGAUGCGGAGGAGGCGCUGGACAGCUUCGAGAAUCCAGAACCGGACGCCCCGGACGACGAGCCCGCGCUGAGCGGUCCGGACGGGGACUUGAGAAGACUGUGCAUGCAGGAGGACGCGAGGAGAGCGGGCUGGUGGAAAACCUGGCAGCCGCGAAUAUGGGCUCUGUUUGAAGACCCGUACUCCUCCAAAUAUGCCAGGUAUGUGGCAUUUGGCUCCCUGUUCUUCAUCCUCAUCUCCAUCUCCACUUUCUGCAUGGAGACACAUGAGGCCUUCAACACCAUCCUGAGGAAGACGGAGAACGUCACGGUGGGCAACAUAACCACGGAGGAGAUUGUAUACGAGGUGGUGACCGACAGCUGGUUGACAUACGUGGAGGGCGUGUGCGUCAUCUGGUUCACCAUUGAGGUCAUUCUGCGAGUCACCUUCUGCCCUGACAAGCUUGAGUUCUUCAAGAGCAGCCUCAACAUCAUCGAUUUCAUCGCCAUCCUGCCUUUCUAUCUGGAGGUGGGCCUGAGCGGUCUGUCCUCCAAAGCUGCCAAGGAUGUCCUGGGGUUCCUCCGCGUCGUCAGGUUUGUCCGAAUCCUCCGAAUCUUCAAGCUGACCCGCCACUUUGUGGGUCUCCGUGUCCUGGGCCACACCCUGCGCGCCAGCACCAACGAGUUCCUCCUGCUGAUCAUCUUCUUAGCCCUCGGUGUCCUCAUCUUCGCCACGAUGAUCUACUACGCUGAGCGGAUUGGCGCAGACCCAAACGACCCAACUGCCUGCGCCCACACCGCCUUCAAGAACAUUCCCAUUGGGUUUUGGUGGGCCGUUGUGACCAUGACCACGCUGGGCUAUGGAGAUAUGUACCCGGAGACGUGGUCAGGGAUGCUGGUGGGCGCCCUGUGUGCCUUGGCUGGUGUGCUGACCAUUGCCAUGCCUGUGCCUGUUAUUGUCAACAACUUUGGCAUGUACUACUCUCUGGCUAUGGCAAAACAAAAGCUGCCCAAAAAGAAGAACAAACAUAUCCCAAGAGCACCACAACCAGGGUCCCCCAACUACUGCAAACCAGAUGCCCUGGCUAUGGCGACUGCAUCACCGCAAAGGCUCUUGGGAAAUGUCCUUGGUGGAGUGAUGGGGUCUGGAGGCAUGGGGGGUGACUGUCCUCUUGCCCAAGAAGAAAUGAUUGAGAGUAACAGAGAUGCCAAGCAGAACGGCGACGCAGCCUCGGCCGCGCUGGCUAACGAGGACUGUCCCACCAUCGACCAGGUGCUGAGCCCAGACGAGAGGAGCCCCAUUGGGCAAGGGCCGACCCGGGAACGCUACCAGCAGGACCGCGCCUGCUUCCUGCUCAACACCAGGGAAUUCCGUGCCACAGAUGGGAAUGUGCGGAAAGGUUGUGUCAUAUCACGCGUGUGUAUGUGGGCUUUUUCAUUCUUACGUGUUAUACACUGUGUCUCUGUCCUCUCAAUGCCGUCUGAGUGUUGUGUUUGUGUUGUCGUGUGUGGCUUAAUUUUGUUCUCCCCUUCUACUGUGUUUAUCCGUGUUACUCCCUACCCCACGGACCUCCACCUUGGCAAACAAAAGCACUCACUGCAAUUUAUAAAGGUUUUGCCUUGAAAAACACACUCGUUCUACAGUGUUAUAUUUACAUAUGUACAUUGUGCAAAGGUUACUCCUCAAGUUAUGGCACUUAUUUAUUCUGUGCUUGAGUACAUUUUGUGCUUAAAUGUGUGCAUAGAUACAUGUACAUAUGCCGUAUUGUAUGUAAAAUCAAUUGGCGAGCCUUAAUCGCUUCCCCCGCAGUGCCGUGUUUUAUGACAAUCAUACAUCCAAGGCUAAAGGUCACUGGGGUCAGUGGCACAUCUGGGUCAAGGGUUAGUACCUCUUGAAACAUGGCACGCUUAACACAAACUUUUAAACAUUUUAUUUUAUGAACCAAGCCAAAAACAGUGUAUUUUGAGCGUGUCAUGGAUCUGAGAUACUAUUCCCUCGAACAUAUAUGUACUUUCAGUGCCUAGUGUAGUCCAAAGUUCGGGACCUUUUUGUAUAUGUAUACACCUGGAUAGAAAUCAAAAGGAUUAUGAGCUGCACUAGGUGACUGAAACACUUAAUUAUCAGACAAAUGCUAAGACAGAUUUGAAAAUACAUGCUGUCCAAGGUAAGAAAGCUUCGAGCUGUCACACUUACAGGUCCCUGACAUUGCUUCAGUUUCAGUGAUUCUUAUGUAUUUACUGCGAUUAAAGUGCUACAAAAUCCCUCUUUAAAGCAAAUCAGGAGUUUAAAAAAAAUCAGCGCUGAAGCUGCUAGACGGAGCUUUAGGGUUGUACACUGCGAUAAUGUUAUGAGCCUUAUGCAUGGGUGCUUACAGUAAAUACCAAAGAAAUGUGAUCUGUUUGACCACUCUGAAACCUGAUUUUCUAACAUUUGAUCGACAUCCUCUUGUCCGGUGUGUGUGUAAAUGCAUCUUUGGCUACAUUCAUACAUUUUAAUGGCUCAAACUAACAAUUGGUUACAACACAUCUGUAAUUAAAGGGAAGCCAAACAGUUCUUAAUAUUUAGAAAAUUAGCAAAAUGGUCGACCCAAACAUUCUCCUUGUGUUUAAAGAGGGAUUCUCACGCUGUCUGAAUGUAAUUCUUGUGUGCUUCAAUUGUGAUUUAUUUCGUAGACACACGCAUAAAAUGUCUUUGCCAGCUUAAGCUUUUAAGUUUCUUCGCUUUGAUUGUUGGCCAUUUGAUUUCCUGCGCCAAUGCAAUAUGCAUGUCUCACUGAGGUCAAACGGUCAAUCUCCCCUCUGGUUGCCCACUCCCUCCUCGAGACCUUAAGGAUCUCACUCUGUCUCUCUCUCUCUCUCCCUCCUCUCCUCUGUUCCUCAAUAUAUUUGUGUACAAGUUGUUUUUUACUUUUAUUUAUUGAGCUUUUGUGCUUAUUUACUUCUGUUUCCAACAUGUUGUGUACAUCUUUUAUUAAGUAUUUCUGUGGAGUUUUAUGGUUUUGUAGGGCUUUGUGUUGUGUAUGGUUUAUCUUUUCAAUGCGUCUAGGAUUUAGUUAUAUUUAUUUGUGAAAUAGUCAUUAUUUUGCUGUUUGUUUUGGUAUUUUAUUUUUUAUUUUCUCAAUGUCUUUGAGUUUUUUACAACUGUGUCUUGUUGUUUGAUGUUUUGACUUCCCCUCUGUUCUUCCUGUAUUCUGCUUUGAGUUUUACUUUCACCUAUUAUCUCACUUCUCUCAAUUGGAUUGAUAAAGGAAAUUGCCAACAAUACGGUACAAUUAAUUAGCAUAAAAACGGCACAAAUCUCACUUCUUUAGGACAUUUCCAAGGAUUAUUUAGACAAUAUGAAUGUAUUUUUCUAACCAAAUUCAAACCAUCUGCCUCAAGAAUAGGAUGAACCCACAUAAAUGAUACUCAAAAUGUGCUAUGUUAAGGUUUAACAAAUACUAAAUCUAUUAAUAAAAUAGCUGCUAUAUUUAGCAAAAGCUCCUUCGAUCUCAAUCCCCAUUCCAUCCCUCCAUUACCCAAUCAUUUCAUAAUCAUGAUAUUAAUUGUGGCUGUAAUUAUUUUAUGGGACUAACAGUUUUAUAAUAUUUACUUAUUGGUCACAACAUAUCGUUGUUUAUGCCUUAAGCUCAGGCACAAUUAUUGUGCUCGGCCACUUUCUUUUAAAGACAUUAUUAUGUGGCUCAGUGCAACAGGCUACAACUAAAUAAAGAAUGCUAAGUUUAACUCCAUAUCCUUUUUAUGUGUGAAAGCAAGUCACUGUCCUCCUCUCUGUCAUUGUAAUUGGUUUGUACAACUUCUCCUACAUUGUCUUGCAUGUCUUAACAACAAUCUGCAAAUAUUCUUUUUUUCUGAGCCUGAGAAAAAACACACAAUACAGAAAGUGUAUACGUAGACUACAUACAUCAAUAUUCAUAUAUAAGCCUGAGAAGUGUAUAUAGAUAUGAAGUAUUAAGUGGAUUUGAGCUUUAAUGAUUGCAGCAGACACAUAUACUGUAGGUAUGUAUAACCUACUAACAAGAGGAUGAAGGAUACAGUUGCAUGUCCUCUAGUUUUCCCAAAAGACACAUCCAUACUGUAUGGAUAUGUAAUAUUGGAUAACAGGAGAUCACACCAUCUUUUACAGGCAAUUGAUCCCACGUAAGAAUGAAACAGUAUGGGGCGAUGGCGAUGCCAAGAAUAGCUCCUGAACACUCAGCAUAUCCACAGCAAGCACACCCUCAUGAAACUAUAGAACAUGUGAAUUACGUAAUAUGAGAAGUCAAGUAGCUCUCAGCCUUCUCCAUACAUACUAGAUAGAAGUUUUCAGUUUAUUUUUACAUGAUCAUUCCCUUGAAUAUUUGCAGUUCCUCCUCCCUCUGUUCCUCUGUGUCUCCAUUACAUUUCCCUCCUGUGAUUAACACUCAUUCUCCAUCCCAUCCCCAGGCCGCCACUGCAGUGCAAGUGUAACUAAAGAGUGACUGUAGGUAGGUACAUACUGCCUCCGUAGUGUAAAUGAAGUGUGACUUUGGGCAGGAAUGAUGUCACCACUGAAGAACAGUGACAGGCCCACUCAGUAUUUCCCCUGGUGGAGGAUCCCAGAGCACAAAGCCCUGUUGAUAUUGUAAAUACAGUACUUAGCACCGUGAGGAGGAAGCUGGUAGACCGUGACAGACUGCAGUGGCUCAGACAUGAUUAACUUUAUCAGCUUUAUUAUUGUCCUGCAUGAAAAAAAUCUCCGUCUUAAAGAAUGUGUUAAUUAGCCAGCUAAACGGGUCACUUGAGUACAUCUUAAAUUCAUCAGAACCAUGUUAUUGUUACAUUUUCAUCAGUUUCACCUUCAUCUGAUCAACUUAUAGGGACUCUUUAUUUCUCUUGUGCAUAUUUUACUUAUAUCACACUUGACAAGUGUUCUAAAUGCUCUGUUUUCAGACUAAAAAUAGCCAAUUAAAUGGUUCAAAUACAUUUAAAAAAGUGACAGAAUGAAAUACUGCCAACCUGACCACCUUAUCAUCUUAUUUUGGUUAAAGAAUAUGAAACAUGUUUGUAGUCUGUUGAUCGCACUGUGUCAUUCCCUUCAUUGUUUCUCACUUCGCUCUGCACGCUAAUUUUAGCACAAAGAAUAGAUAUAAAGGACUUUCAAAGUCAAAUCAAAUCCGUUUGUUGUAACUUCAAAAACGGGCUUCCCAACUUUAGUUCUAAUAAUUCCCGAAAUGAAUGCUUCAAAUCUGUAGGGCACUCGUCAUUAUUAAUCAAAGAAGCACAGAGGUAAACCAUAAGAAUUGUUUAAUACCCGUUAACUUAUCAUUUCAGCUGAAUUAAAACAUAUAUGAGCUGUUCGGGCAUUACUAUAACAGUUACAUUAAUAAACACCAAGUAAAUAAGCAUUUAAGUUGUCUAUUUUAUAUCAUAGUUAUAUCUUUAUCCUUUGAAAUGUAAUAUAUCUAAAAUUAUUUUUUUGUGAAAAAGAGCAGAAGUCUUUUUGCAUUAGCAGAAAAUAUGUAUUAGUGCUCAGCUCUGACUCUGUGACAUAGAGCAUACAGUAAACUACAUAUUCAAAUUAGAAGAAAUUAAGAUGGAUUUCAUGCGUACAUUGCUUCCUGUGAAUCCCUUCUUCGUGUGAAUGCAAUGUGACGCCAGCACAGCAAUGGUGAAGUGCGCCAUUAACAAUGAAAACUAUAACAUAAAGAGAGCUAAUAACUGAAUGCAUGCAAUACAUUCAAACGCUAUUGAAAAGAAAUGCAGAUCAUAAAUAGUAUAAAAACUUGAAUUAGCUAUUCAGUUGGGUUGUUAGGUGAAGGUUUACCAGAUAAUGUUAAUGUCAUAUUUACAAUAACUACCUUUAAAAAUAAAGAAAGAAGGUCUGCAUUGAAUUGCAGCAUUGUUGUAGUUCUGCUAUAAAAAAAACUGGUUGGGUUUUUUCUGUCCCUCCUGUUGUUGCUCCUCGACGCUGAUUGAGCAUCACAACAAUGGCUGCCAUUUGAUGCAACCUGACAAUUUGUCUGGAAACAUUUGGGUGGUUUGGACAAAAUACUUUUGGACUGAAACUUGAGAUUGAGGCCCCACCAGACAGCUUCUCAGACAUCUGUGAGAAACCCGGUGAAAAUGCAUCAUCAAUAUUUCACUGAGUUGCCAUCAGACUAAUGUGCCUGAGUUAGUCAGAAUAAAAAAAGGACUUUUAUUUAUAGUUGGCUCAAAUGAUGCAUAAUCUAGAGUGGUAGCUACGGUGCACCACGAUAUACUUUUUCUUUCAGUACUGCAGGAAGGCACAAAGGGCGUCAUUCUGUACCAAUGGGUGUUCUCUGUUGUCUAACUGUGGCCUAGUGAUGGUUGGAGUUUCACAAACAUAUAACUUUAUCUGUAAGCAAUAUAGUGUAACUGCACUUUAUUAAAAGUGGAGUCAGCAAUUAUAAUCUCAUACAAUUUUGGUCAAAUGUGCUAAUAGUUAGCUAGUAAUCUUUUUUUUGUGUAAAACAAAGGUCUGGUACACAUGCAUGUUGCAUAAAGAAAGAAGCAGUUGGAGUUAAAGGGAUGGACAAUCUUGGGUUCAAAUAUCAACAAUCCUUCUCCAGAAUUGCUGACAACAUAAUGUUUCUUGUUCCUCACAGAAACUGUGAAACUCCAUCCAUUUUGGGUCAGUUCGCCAUUGUUAGGGCGGAGUAACUGCUUCCUACCAAUGGUGCUUUUUUUAACGUCACCUGAUGCAACAACACUCCGUCAGCACAACACUGUCUCCUCUGUGGACGCUUCCUACAGAGGGAGUUUAACAUAUGCAUGCUGUGUUACACCCAUAUACAGCGGGAAAGGACACAAUGGAAAAUCUGUUAUAUUUUAGAUAAAUUAAUUUGUCAAAUGGUGAAAUUACCAUGUAUUUAGUGGACCGUGUGUCAUUUCCCACUGUAAACAAAAUGUCUACAUUACAAGGUGAUAAACCUACGGAUAGGAAGUGUUUUUAAAUGUUGCAGGGAGGACAUUUUUAUUUUGGUCAUUUGAAGUUUAAAUGAAACUAAAGCUCACACUAAUCUGGCUGUUUCUGAAGCAAAAUCAAAGGAAAGUGUUCUUCCACAUUUGUUCUUCAUUGGUGCUGUAUCCUUGAGCUUUUCCCCCUUAAGCUUCAUGUGGUCAACGACUACGCUGUAUCAGUGAUAUCAGAGUAUUUACUUGUCGUGUUUGUGUUUUACUCUAUAAGUGUGGCAAAAAAAACGAUGUCUAAAUCACCUGCACAUUGCACAUUAUGCUUCAUGUUGUAAAUGUCGGGUGCUUUAUUCAACAAGCCAGUUUAAGGUGUUAAAUCUGUUACUAUCAAAUAAUAUUUUGCUUUUCUGUUUUGGAAAAAAAAGACAUAUCAUAACUCGCAUUUUCUUGUUUUGUCUUGUCUUGUCUGUGUGUGUCCUUGUCUGUCCUUUAUAUGUCUUUAUGUUGUCAUAACAUUUUCUUAUCCUUGAUUUAUUCUCUCCACUUAUGUGCUUCCUUACAAUUUCUUAUUUUUCUUCUGAUAACAUCUUAAACCUCAUGUUCAUGUUUCAAUACUAUGUAACCUUAAAAAAACAUAUAUUUAAAAUCUGUCAAAAUGAUCAAACCUUUAACCAUUAUUUAUUGUAUUUUAUUUGCUUAUCAUUUCAAAACACAAAAUAUAAACUAAUGAAUCAAAAUUGCAACAGGCUACGAGAAAUCUCGCAGUCUUUCUAACAUAUCGGGAAUGGCGGGGUCUUCACUGCGGCUCGCUCCCAUCACUAGCCCCCCUUUUGAAAACUACGAGGCUCCGGGACCCCUGCGCCGCUGUCGCUCCCCAAUCCCCUCCAUUUUGUAGCACAAAAAAAAAGGAUGUUAACGAUUGGAUGCUAGCGGAGGAUUAGCUGCUGACUGAUCGCCUCCAUUUGGAUUGUACACUGUGCAUAAAGAUAGCAAUAAGAAAAGAGGAAGUUGAAUGUAGAAAGAGAGACCCCUUGUCUUGUGAAUCUUUUGGUUUAUGAUGAUCAGGGUAGCUGAUGGGGUCAAGUACAAAUUCUAGCUUCAAGGCUACAUUGAUAUUUUGAAUUAUUAGAAGAUAUGCUAAAAUAGAUACUUGGAUCGGUUAGUAAGUAAAAUAGUACAGUAUGAGUUAAAAAAUAAUAAUACGUGCACAGUUACAUUUUUAAAUGUAGGAUUAAUUUUGAAAUGUUCUGGACCAAACUUAAAGCAAACACUGUCCAGAGAAAUAAAAAACUUUAUUUAGCCAAAGAAAAAAAAACAUUUAUAGAUUGAUGUUUAAAAGUUUUCUACUUUCUGUCUUAUGUGAAUAUUGAUGUUUGUACAGUGUAGACAUCAAUUUGGUAAGUCUCUCUAAAAGACAGACUCGGCUUCUACAGGUCUCAGUCAUUUAAUUUUCUAUCUCAUCAUCGUAACAUCACUUUAUGUUGCUAUUUUACACAGCAAAGCGAAAUAUCAAAGAGAAAAGGAAGAAAAACUGAGCUUAAAUAAAAAGAAAUAUUGUACCAUAAGAACUAUCAAAAUUAUGUAGCCCUAAAUUAUAAUUUAUUUUUUACAUUCCAUAUAUGCAAUUGCUUCCAGUGUACAGGUAAAGGUCUAUUCAGCCACUUCCUUUAACAGUUGCACGCAUGUUAUCUAAUACCUUUUUAUAUCAUCAUCUUAUGCAUCAUAUGCAAUUAUAACAAUCAUAUUCCAAAAUGAAAAUACUUAUUCCAUGAUAUGCCCCUAAAAAAAUAUAUAUAAACAAUACAUUACUUAAAUGUUUUAUUUAUUUUUCUCAAUAAUAUAUAGGCGGAUAUAUAGAUGGACCACGAGUUAGGGUUAGUUGUUGGGAACGGGACAGGUUUAGUUAGGGUUAAAACACUAAAAGAAGCCUUUUCUUUGUUUAUGUGCAAUAGUUUUCUGACCACAUACCUUGCUUAUAUGCAAUGCUGUUUGUCAGCAAAACCACACGACUUAACUAGCCAAUAAAAGAUUAUCAGCCCAGUUUGUUCUUCACUGAUAAAGGAAAUUGAGGAGUAAUAAGGCAUAGUUUAGUGCGUUAUUAGUGUUUGAAACUGGAGUAAAUGAUAUAUUCUGUUGCAGCUGAGGACCUCACGAGUAGAGCUGCCAGUGUCUUUGGCAAAAUAGCACAAUUAAGCCAUCACAUCCUCGGUUAAUAAUCUAUUUAAUGAUAGUAAAUGUCGACCCUUGAAGAAAUGCUAAUCAGAACACUCCUGUAAAUGUACUUAUACUGUAUGUAGGCCUACAAUUUUUCAAAGAAAUCUAAGUGCAAUGUAUUCAAAAAGCUACUUAUCGCAAUAAACGAAGUAGAACAAAUAUACUUAUAAAGUCAUAUGCAAGUGACUACAUAAUUAAUGAUAUACUCAGAACAAAUACAAGCACUUUACUAACAUUCAGUGAUAAUACGCACACCGUAUAGAUUUAACAAGUGAGAAAUACCCGAUCACACGUAUCUAAAUUAAAAAAAUAUAUCUGUUUUGCUUCUUCAUCUGUUUUAUUUUAUAUAUAUUUUCCAUUUCUUUGGUUUAUUUUGUCUAAAAAAUAAUAAAGUAAAACGUAAUAUAUUUGUUAUCUUUAAAAAAAAACAUCACAGUGGUUACAAAAUACCAUUCCCCUAAGUAUAUAUUUUAUUAGGCAAUGUAUAGCUUUUAUUUUUAUAACUGAGCUCCACCCUCGGAUUGCCAUCUUCCCAUGAAAUAAGUUGAACUUAUGUUUAAAGUUGAGCAGAAAAAAGACAUUCACUUAUGCAAUAAACAUGCGAUAUUGUUUUAAUGCUGGAAACCAUGCUGUGCACAUACAUAUGUAAAUAUGCAGAUCUAUUUUUAAUCUUGCACAGACUUUGAAGGCAGUCUACUUUGAUGUAUCUGUUCUGAGAAGUAUUACAAUGACAUCAUGAGCCUUUUGUCUUGUUUUAUUUCAAAUCAAUGUGGUCUUAAUGGUCCUGUAAACGUUUUGAUGUUGUGACUGCCAUUUUUAAUUGUUUACGUUUUGUAACAGUUUUAUAUUUUUUUCACUUGAACUGGUAUUGUGUAUUUCAUUGUAAGGAAUGAACUUUCUGUACCACUGAUUGUCUAGAAAAACAUUUGUCAGAAAAAGAUGCAAUGUUGUAUUUAACUCGUUCCUUAAAAAACAGAAAUGUAGUAGGACUGAUUUCACGAGGCGAACGAAACUUCUGCAGAUGUAAAGGGAGAGGAGUUGCGUGUUUAGAGUCAUAAAUAAUCUAUAUUCCCCAUUCCCAUUUUGUCUAAAAAUCAACGUGCUUCCAGACCCCUCAACUUUGAGAACUUAGAUAUGCAGUAUUAUGAUUCAGGGUGAUAGUUAUGACAUCACUUGAAUGUUUUGCUUGUAUCUGUUGACUGGAGUUUGAGAUGUUUGUAAAAGUUGUUUUGUCUCAUUCACAUAUCGAUCAGUCACUGUUAGUAGUCGGAUACGGGUUUUUGAAGGCCACUGCACAUAUUUUCAGACUCAUAUUGCAUACAGUCAUGCUUACUCUCAAUACUGUUACAUUUCACCAUUAUGAUGUCGAAGAAAUUCAAUAAUUUAGUGUCGUCUGAAGAUAUCUAAAACAGCAUGCAGGGUCUUGUUUCUCCAGUGAAUCUGAGCGUUUUUAGCUCAUACAUGUAUGUUGUUACCCUGAACUGAGCAAAGGUAGGGAAACUCUGGGAUAGUACAUUUUUAAUUCAUGUGAACAUGUAAUGUGUACAAUGACACAUGUCGAUUGACCUGGGUUCACACUCAAAACUCAUCUUAGUCCACAUCAGCAAACCUGAAUCUUGGUCCGUCAUUAUUGCUAACGUCACUUCUGUCAGUGCACAAAACCUCAUGAAACCUUUUAAGCGCACAUGCAUACUGUAUAACGUUACAAUUACUCCACAAUGUGGAUGUUGCGAUACUCUGACUUAUACUGGUAACACUUUAUUUGGAAUGUACAUUUUUCUGCACUGAAGGAAAAUGUCUUUCCUUGUUAUAUAUCUGCAGUUAGAUGCUUUUCUUUAAUGCCACAAUUGACUGAGAAUGGGUGAGUUAAAUAACAUGCACACACAACUUUAACAUUUAUGGAUAUAGAUCUACUGUGUUUGUUAAUAUUUGCUUUGUAUUGUAUCAACAUCUAUCUGAAGAAUGUCAUCAAUGUGGUUCUAUUGAGCUUAAAGAGUCAAAUCACAUAAAUGUGGCCAAUGCAAAUGACAUAGGAAACUCUGACAUACACAUUGUUUGAGUAAACAAAACAGGCAGAUGUUGUAAGUGCCUCUAUGAGGCCACCAUAGGCUCUGAUGUCAAUUUAGGAGUUCAUUCGAACUAGCUAGAUUUAACUAGCUAAACCUUCCAAGCAAUGCUUAUUAAUAGGUCAGUGGUUAUUAUUGAAUAUGUACAUCUGUAUCUACACAUGUGAAUACAUUAAAGUCAUACGGAAUUAA